CACAAUCAUGCUUUUUUCUAAGUGUGACUGUCAACCUGCUUCAUUGGUAUUUAUUUUUAGUGACUAAUGUGCUAGAAACGAGUGUGAAUUGGAUUGCCCAACUAAUAAAGCCAUUACAUAAUUGUACCCCUUACCAGGAAUGGAGUUCCUUGGUGAGUUAUAACUUAGAGAAUGCGUCUAAAGUAGCUCUCCCAGCUUGUUCUGGCUCUCAGUUUCAACUGCUGUGAUGGUUUUUUUUUUCCCCUUUUUUUUGUUGUUUUGUUUUUCCUCAAACCGAAGCCGAAAUUGAAAAUACGGGGCAGUGAAGAAUGGAGAUGGAGAGAGUUUGUUUCUGGGAUUGUGGAAUAUGAAAGCUGAGAAUUGGUUGUUUUUUAUCUUUGACGUUUGAGUAAGUUUAGUUUUUGUUUCUUAAGGGCAGGGCAGUUGCAAUGAUAAGUGUUGCUGCCAAGUGACUUGAGAGGGUAUAUGUUGAUGUUGCAGCAAUAGCUUCUAUGAAUGUUUUUUUGUUUUGUUUUUUUUGUUUUUUUUGUAAGACUAUUUGGAUUGGUCUUUUGGGUUUCAUUUAAUAGCCCUGUCACCAGACAACACACACAACGGAUUCGGUUAAUUGAAAUCUCAAGUUUGAGAUUUUAUGGUUUGUUGUGGAUCACGUACAAGAUAUGAUGCUGCUGAUACUUGUUUAUAUAUAUGCCCUCUAGAUUGUUUAUGCCAUCGUAACUCGUUACGCUUGCUUAAGGGAAGUGUAACUUAAUCAGGCCAUGGAAACAUGGUGGUAUGCAUGUCUUUCCGUGGGUAGAUUAGUUCUGCUUCAGCAGUAAAGUAUUGGGAAUUGUCUUGUAAUUGAUGUAAAAAGACAUGUAUUUAACACGACAAGAGGAUAUAUUUUAACUAGAUGCUAAAGCUAAUGGCCACUAUUUUCUUUCGCACUAUUAUUGCUGCUAGGUGUUCAGUUGACUGUGACUGAAUAAUUGUACACAAGAAUGGUUUAAGGAUGAUCGAUUAAGAAGAGGCACAGAGGAAGAAGAGGAGAGGAAGCUUAUAGUUCCUGGCGCAAUGCUUUUCAUAUGUAUCCUUGGUCUCUGGUGAUACGAGUUAAAAGAUGUUGGGACAGACUUAAGAAUUGGUUGGCUGCCAAUUUUCCUGAAGUAUUGGGUACCUUGCGUAAUGGUGCAACUGAGGAAGAAAUUAAGAAUUUAGAGGUGACAUUGCAAGUAAAACUGCCUCUUCCGACAAGGGUUCUUUACCGAUUUUGUGAUGGCCAAGAACUUGAUGUUGAUGAGUCUAGUGGCAGUGCCGACAAAUCUUUGUUGGGUUUGAUUGGAGGCUACUCAUUCUAUAGCCACCUUGUAAAUGUGUUUUUAUUACCAUCGCAUCGAGUUAUUGAGAUAACAAAGAUUAUUCAGCGACAAUCUGGAUUUAACAACAGAUCUAAAUAUAUUGCCGUUGCAGUUUCUUCCAUCUACAGUGGAAAGUUCUUUUUCCUUGACUGUACAAGAGGCCAACUUUUUGUUGGUACAAGAAAUCUUACAAGUGAUGGUGAAAUGAUUACUUGUGUGCCAGAAUCAUUGCUGAGUUCAGUGCAUGAUAGUGACGGUUCUCUUAUACAAGAUGCCAUGCUACUGUGGCUAGAAGAACAUGCUCGACGAUUAGAAAGUGGUAUUGUGAAAGUCCGCAAAGAAGGUGACAUGAAAUGGAUCAACUUAUUUCCAGAACAACCUCCUCUGUGUUCAACCGCUGUCACAAAUGGUGUAAAGGUUCGAGCUUCCUCUGUUUUUGUUCCUGAGCAAAGUAACUGUCAAGAUGAAGACGAUAGGUUUUGCUUCGGCUAUUCAAUCCGCAUGUCUCUCUUGUCUGAGGGUUGCAUUAUCAAUGGGAUGAAGUUUGGCUCAUGCCAACUAUAUUGGAGAAAUUGGGUCAUCCGUGCCAAUGAUACUGUUGUGGACAACUUUAACGGUGAAGGUGUUAUUGGAAAGUUUCCACUCCUACGUCCUGGAGAGGAAGAAUUUGUUUAUGAGAGUUGCACAUACAUGACAUCUUCUCCCGGCUCCAUCGAAGGCUUUUUCACCUUUAUCCCUGGAAGAUUGGCAGAUCCUGUAGGUGCCCCGUUUCAAGUUGAAGUUGCGAGCUUUCCGCUACAGGUGCCGGACUAUAUAUUCUGAUUGUUCUUAUCAAGUUAUCAUGUACAUUUGUGUACUUGUUUUGAGUUGCUGCGUUGUUCUUUUUGGUGUUCCCUGUUGCGAAGCUCCGCACCUGCAGUAUACGCGAUUAUUUUCAAUCGAAAAGUUACAGUUUGUAUCUACUGAAAUGUAACAGUUGUGUGCAGAAGUGCAGUACCUUUCUCUGUAUAAAGUUUGCGGAACCUCGUAUCCAACAGUUGUAUAUAUGGAAGUGUUUUAGAGAGAAUAAGUUGGAGAAAACUGUUAGGUAUGUUUGCUCGUCACAUUGGAUUUGGUUUUUAAGAACUUAAAUAUCGACACCUCUUCCAUAGAAAUCAACUGUCUGCAUGCCU